UGGGACCGGACUCUCACAAACGACGGAGCACGUGACCGAGGUCUACAUCCGGAGCAGAGGGUUCCCAUGUUCUUCCGUCGCUGCCUCUCAUCUUAGAUUCAGUUUCACUCUACACCUGUUUCCUUGUGUUUACGUGUGUUUCUUCUCGCCGUCAUGUCUCGGGGGUCGAGUGCGGGCUUUGACCGCCACAUCACCAUCUUCUCCCCGGAGGGAAGACUCUACCAAGUCGAGUACGCCUUCAAAGCCAUCAACCAGGGAGGACUGACAUCUGUGGCGAUCAGAGGGGAGGACUGUGUUGUGAUCGUCACACAGAAGAAAGUCCCAGACAAGCUGUUGGAUGCCUUAACAGUCACACACCUGUUCAAAAUCACAGAAAACAUUGGCUGUGUUAUGACCGGCAUGACUGGUAAGUUAUAUUUCAUCUUGCUGCCCAGAAAUGAUACAAGUAUGAUAGUAGUUGGACUGGAUGAAGAGUUGGGUCCACAGCUGUAUAAAUGUGAUCCAGCUGGUUACUAUUGUGGCUUUAAGGCCACAGCAACUGGAGUCAAACAGACAGAAGCCACCAGCUUCCUGGAGAAGAAAGUCAAGAAGAAGCUGGAUUGGACCUAUGAGCAAACUAUAGAGACGGCCAUCUCAUGUUUGUCGACCGUCCUCUCCAUCGACUUCAAGCCGUCAGAGCUGGAGGUGGGAGUUGUCACUACAAAGGACCCGGGAUUCAAGAUUCUGUCAGAGUCCGAGAUUGAUGUUCACCUGGUGGCUUUGUCUGAGAGAGAGUGAGGAAAGUUGGCAGCCAUUUUGCAGCCGUCAUCAUCAUUAUCCUCUGGAAAGGACGAUGGAUGGUAAAACCAGAAAAACUCACACCAUUGUCUCGACUAGAGAGAAGAUGAAGGACAAGCAGACACAUCUUGUUCAGAGGAGCUGCACAACCAAGUGACAUGGACAAAACUAUACACAACAAUCAUUUUAUAGCAGUUGGGUAGAACAUGUUACCCAGCUUCCCCAUGAGACGUCCCCUCCUCCAUCCUCCCAGGUCAUAGUCAGGAUCUGACUGGACGCAAUGUUAUCCACAUAUCGACCUCUCCUGUAUUGUCCCUCUAACCACACUGAGACAUCAUCACUGCAGCCGGCUGCCAACUGUCACAGAGCCUGGAGCGAUGCUGACCAUGACCAUUCCACCAUUUGUGACACAUCAGCCUGAUAUUCUCCCUGUUAACUACAUGUCACACACACAUUGACCACAGUGCCCUCUCUGGAUGCAGUUGUUAACUGUGAGCAGAUCAGAAGAUGGAGGUGUUGUAACAACAACUACAGCACAAUAUCUCUCGUAACAUCUCGAGUUGCUGUAUUUGAAGCAGUGUUUCGUCACCAUCUUAACUCAGGGCGCAACGCGUACUUUCUGAAACUGUCUCGUUUUAUUCAUCUGCCUCAAGGUCUCUCCUCUCUUUAGCUCCAGGAGGAUGUUUAUUAUCUGAUGUACUUUGUGAUAAUCCAGGGAUCAGCCGUGGUCAACUCAGGUCAACGUCAAUGGGAAGUCAUCAGUUAUUUCUCUUAAUCCUCCUCUCUGCUGCUGUACAACACUGCACUUCUAUUAAACAGUGUUUUUAUUGAACACA